CGUUUUUCACAAGUUUAAUAUGACAAAUAAAAAUCACAAUAUAGAAAGUUGUUUUUCUAUUUGAAAACUGUGAGACCUAAUAAUGACGUUACAUGACGUAUGGGCCAAUAUACGAGAACAACAAAAAUGUGAUAGAAAAUGUGAGUUCUAUUUUUUUUGUUUUUGGUUUGAAAACCACAACUUAUGCUGAUGCAAACACUCUUAAAACAAUGAAAUAUACUUGAAGAGUCUUGGUUUUUUCUAAAGCUUUCUCUUUGCGGCGUAAGCAGCGGGAAUGAGUGGGGAAAUUGUCCAACUUAAUGUUGGAGGAAGAAGGUUUGUAAAUUUUAAAGUUUUGCUGAGGUUUUCAUUUUUUAUUCUGAAUGUAUUGUGUUAUAUUAAACUACGAUGUUGAGCUGUUAGAUGAGUGAAAUCACUCUAGAUUAAUUUUUGAAUUUAUUAGUAUUGUGUAUAUAAAAUAGAAUAUAUAUUUUCAUGCAGCUGUGAGUGAGUUGUGUUUUAGCAGUAUAAAUCAUGGCUGCUAUCUAUUGAAAAUUUUACUGUUCUCGAGUAAUAAUAGACAAAUGUGGCUACCGUUUGUUUAUACUCAAUUCACAAAUUUAGGUAACUCACAUGCUUAGAAUUUGUUCUAGUUUUUACACAAGCAUAGAAUAGAACAAAGGUGACUAUUAAUAUUUAGAAUUAUAUCCAUGAGUGAGUGACUCGUAUAUACUCUAAUGCUUAGUUGCCUUUGGUAUAAAAUAUUAUAUUGGUGUCCACACUACAACGAAAAUUAUUGUUUGACGAUAAUGAUUUUAAAAUAGCUCACCCGAGGGAUAUUUUUCAGUUGGACGAUAACGAUAAAUUUUUUACCAAACAGCAUGCGUAUAUAGAGGAUAUUACAUGGCGGCGCGAUAUAUGACUUUUAUCUUCGAGUGGUGAAAACAAUAUUUUGCAAACAAGUGCAGCGAGUGAGUAAAAUAUUGUUUUUAACACGAGAAGUGGAUAAAAGUCAUAUCUUCAAACCACUGGGUAAUGUUCUGUUUAUUAUAUUGUCCCAAGCAAAAAAUUGUGAAAUUUCAUGCUCAAAAGCAAAUUGGAAAAAGUCAUGUGAUUGAUAUCUUCACUAGUGAAGAUAUGGAAAAUAUCUCGCUGUGUAUUUUUCAGUAUCUCACUCUCGACUAUAUAAUAAAUACAAGUUAUUGUAUCGUGUAGUGUGACUGGGCCUUUACACUGCAUAACUUUUGCUUACAACUGUUGCAUGCAACCUGCUCACAACAAAUUGAGUUGCACUGUUAAAUGUACUCGUGCAAUACCGCAAAGCUGUAUUCUUAUUAAGUGUGUUGAAUUAUAUUGUGGACCAAAGAUUUUUAAAAGAAAUAUUGUUUUAAUUAAUGUUUAGGUUUUCAACAUCGACUCAGACUUUAAUUUGGGUUCCAGACUCAUUUUUCUCCAGGUUUGAUUUCAGAUGAAAUUUGUUUGAGAAAAUCUAUCAUUAGUUUGGUAAUGUACUGAAGAUACUAUUUCACUUUAUAUUUAGUUUACUUAGUGGAAGAAUUGAGUCAAUUAAAGAUGAAACAGGAGCAGUAAGUAUUUCAAAUUUUUACUGCAAAUUAUUCUCUAAACCAAUGGUAACAGUGUUCUAUGAAUAAUUUUGUUAUUACAAUUAAUCUAUGAAGUACAAUCUGAUGUGAUAAAUAUUUUGUAUUUUUGAAAGAUUUUUAUUGACCGAGAUCCUGAUGCCUUUGUGCCGAUCUUGAAUUUCUUGAGAACCAAAGAAUUAGAUUUAAGGUAAGGCUGGGAUGAUUGACAUUCUCUUCAUCUAGUGCCUGACUGUCUAAAACCAUGCAAUGUCUGUCUAAAACAAUUUUGCUCUCUGAAUAAAUGCCAGACAAGUGUAUUAAUGUGUUAAUGUUCUUCCCAGGGGUUUAGAUUUGAAAGUUGUCAAGCACGAAGCUGAAUUUUAUGGAAUUACUCCACUUGGUAUGGUCUACAUUAUUUCAUAUUUUCUCAAGAAAAUGUUUUUUCCGUCCUUUAUGUUUUUGACAAUGACAUAAUGAGAUUUUUUCAAGUUACUUUUGCAAUGUGUUUUAGUGAAACGUCUAACUCUGUGUGAGGACAUCAGUGGGUCAAAGUGUGGCAAUGUUUAUUUUCAUGGAUACCUUCAUACCGCAGGUAAAUAAAGUUUCAGAAAUAAACAACAAGCUAAAUUAAAUCCUGUAAAUCCUCUGUCUCUCACUCUAAUAAUCCACCUCCAGUAUAUCUCCUCUAAUAUCUUCUAAUUAGCCCACCCCUCUCUAAUUAGACCCUCUCUCUAAUAAGCCUCUCUCUAAUAAAACCUCCUUUCUAAUUAGCCCACCCCUCUCUAAUUAGACCCUCUCUCUAAUAAGCCUCUCUCUAAUAAAACUUCAUUUCUAAUUAGCCCAUCCCUCUCUAAUUAGACCCUCUCUCUAAUAAGCCUCUCUCUAAUAAAACCUCCUUUCUAAUUAGCCCACCCCUCUCUAAUUAGACCCUCUCUCUAAUAAGCCUCUCUCUAAUAAAACUUCAUUUCUAAUUAGCCCAUCCCUCUCUAAUUAGACCCUCUCUCUAAUAAGCCUCUCUCUAAUAAAACCUCCUUUCUAAUUAGCCCACCCCUCUCUAAUUAGACCCUCUCUCUAAUAAGCCUCUCUCUAAUAAAACUUCAUUUCUAAUUAGCCCAUCCCUCUCUAAUUAGACCCUCUCUCUAAUAAGCCUCUCUCUAAUAAAACCUCCUUUCUAAUUAGCCCACCCCUCUCUAAUUAGACCCUCUCUCUAAUAAGCCUCUCUCUAAUAAAACUUCAUUUCUAAUUAGCCCACCCCUCUCUAAUUAAACCCUCUCUCUAAUGAGCCUCUCUCUAAUAAAACCUCCUUUCUAAUUAGCCCACCCCUCUCUAAUUAGACCCCCUCUCUAAUAAGCCUCUCUCUAAUAAAACUUCAUUUCUAAUUAGCCCAUCCCUCUCUAAUUAGAUCCUCUCUCUAAUAAGCCUCUCUCUAAUAAAACUUCCUUUCUAAUUAGCCCACCCCUCUCUAAUUAGAUGCUCUCUCUAAUAAGCCUCUCUCUAAUAAACCCUCCUUUCUAAUUAGCCCAGCCCUCUCUAAUUAGACCCUCUCUCUAAUAAGCCUCUCUCUAAUAAAACUUCAUUUCUAAUUAGCCCAUCCCUCUCUAAUUAGACCCUCUCUCUAAUAAGCCUCUCUCUAAUAAAACCUCCUUUCUAAUUAGCCCACCCCUCUCUAAUUAGACCCUCUCUCUAAUAAGCCUCUCUCUAAUAAAACUUCAUUUCUAAUUAGCCCACCCCUCUCUAAUUAAACCCUCUCUCUAAUGAGCCUCUCUCUAAUAAAACCUCCUUUCUAAUUAGCCCACCCCUCUCUAAUUAGACCCCCUCUCUAAUAAGCCUCUCUCUAAUAAAACUUCAUUUCUAAUUAGCCCAUCCCUCUCUAAUUAGAUCCUCUCUCUAAUAAGCCUCUCUCUAAUAAAACUUCCUUUCUAAUUAGCCCACCCCUCUCUAAUUAGAUGCUCUCUCUAAUAAGCCUCUCUCUAAUAAACCCUCCUUUCUAAUUAGCCCAGCCCUCUCUAAUUAGACCCUCUCUCUAAUAAGCCUCUCUCUAAUAAAACUUCAUUUCUAAUUAGCCCAUCCCUCUCUAAUUAGACCCUCUCUCUAAUAAGCCUCUUCUAAUUAGCCCAUCCCUCUCUAAUUAGACCCCCUCUUUAAUAUGCCCUCCUCUCUAAUAUGACCCUCUCUCUCUAAUUAGACCCCUCUCUAACAGACCCCUCUCUUUCCAAUAAGCCCAUCUUUUUGGAUGGAGAAACUUGCCAAUGCCACCUCUCUAUAAAUCUCCUUGCCCCUUUUAUAAUGAAGAAACACAUUUCUACUGACUAGACUUAUUUUGAUUUAAUUAAGGAGCUCCCUCCUCUCCCAAAAGGUGGAUAAUUUUUAUGAAAUUCUAUUUCAGCUCUGCCAGCCAUUCCCUCCAAGACGUAUUUCAAGCUGAUAGGUCGUAGUGACAUGCUCAGCACGUCGUCGCUCACAUCUGAAGACCAAGAAACAAGUAACACAAGACAUGGCGAGAUAGAGAGAAUUGAAGGUAUUGGAAACAAUGAUCAAAAGUAAAAAGAGUUUGAAAUGAAUUGUAGCAUAUAUAUCCUAAAGCGUGUGUUUACUCAUUUUAAAGACUUGCAUCGUGUUCAAUUGUUGACUGGUCAUCAUAACUGGCUAGCUGUGGCUUACCCCAGAUGCGUGUGUUGUUUUCAGUAAGUGAAAAUAUACCUUGGCUUGCUUUUAAUAGUUACGGAUGUCCUACAUUUAGAAAUUCUUACUUGAAAUCUCGAUACUACUGUUAUACAUAAUAUAUCAGUAAUAUAUACUUACUAUAGUGAUUUGAAUGUUAGCGCUGCAAAUAACGACCGGUCAACGGUCAAUGACCGGCGAAUUUAGGACAUUAAAGGCCGCUUUUUUGUUUUCAUUGAUCAUUUUGAGCGAGUUAAUAUUACUAGAGUGCCAGUGAUGGUUUUUUCCAGUGAGCAUACUGUAUUGAUAUUUAAUGUUAAGAUAUAGAAAUUGAAGUUUAAGAGGGGUAAUCUUAUUUCCUUGCCAGCAAAUAUUGAGAUAUUGUGAUAAACAUGUGCUCGGGAUUUCAUUUUCACAUUAGCAGCAUCACUUGACUAACUUUCAAAAUGUAAAACACUGCGCAAAUUUAUUAAACAAGUGAAAUGGUCAGCCCUAAAAGUAAUUAAAGUGCAUGAAAAGUUUAUUGUUUUUGCUUAUGAACAAUUGUUAUUGUUUGAUCGGGAUGAUUCUGUACCGCGUAAUUUAAUUUCCCUGAUCAUCAUGUCCGUCGACGUUUCUGUAAUUAUUUGCAGCGUUGAAACGCCUCUAAUUUCCUUUGUGUUUUGCUCACUAAUUGUUAAUGAGUCAGAUCGAAAGUGACGUUCACACUAUCUUACACACUGUAUUUCCAGAUUAGCAGAUCACAAAGGUUCAAGAGAACAAGUCUUCACCAGUCCUUUUCUUGAAGACACGGUUGAAUAUCUCGCACUCAAUACGAGAGUGGUUGGACAAUGGGGCGAUAAACUAGUUGCCGCUUCGUCAGGUGAUCAUCUCUUCAUAAAUACAGUAUUGAUCAAAACUAAACCAAAAGCUGGUUUACUCUAUCAAAGUUUCUGUGAUCACAGUAGGAAUUUUGCAUGGGUAAAUUCUAAGUUUUGAAGAAUUUGUAAGAAAUGUUUGAGGAAACUGACUCAGUGUUAAACAGUAACAUUGCUUACAAAUUCUUUAAAAUUUAGAAUUUACGUAUGUAAGAUUCCUGCUGUGAUCACAGCAACUUUGACGAUAGUGUAAACCACUGGUUUACAAAAAAAAAAUCCAGCCUUAACACUGUGUCUGUGCCCUGUUCAUAUUCAAUUACGACGCAAAUACAAUACAAUGGUCUCUUGGAUUACACUCGGCAUAGUAAUGGUGCCAUACAGUUGCGGUCCAAUGAUUCAAAUGUUUUCAUUGUGUUUCCAUUGUCUUUUCAUUGUCUUUUCAUUCUCUUGAAAACCCUACUCCAUCCAGUUACCCGUUGUUCAAGACAGUAUUUUUGUUGUUGAUUUUUACCAGGAAGUAAAUUUCAACUCUGGAACUGCACACAAGGAACAGCUAUAGGUGAGAUUGACAUGAUCCUGAUGGAAAGUUAGAAACUAUACAUCUAUAUAUACUAUACUCUGGUAAAAACACACGAGUUGUUACAUAUCUGUUAUAGACUUGUUACAAGGUUGUUCCAACAAACCAGUAUUAUGUUGCGUUCAAACUGCUUGGUUAAAAUUGGUAGACAAGUCGUGAUAGGCCUACAACACAGACGUGCUGCAAGAUUGACAAUUGUUCUAACAAAUCUGUUAUAGACUUGUUUCAAAAUUGUUCCAUCAAACGAAUAUUAUGUUGCAUACGUUCAAACUGCAAGUUCAAACUUGUCAACAAGUUGUUAUAUAGGCAUACACUACAGACUUGAUCACAAUUGAACAACGAAACAGACUUCUCAAACGUUGUUGAGCGAAUUUAGAUACAAAUUUUCUUUUUCAACUUUUGAUAUUACUUCUGACAACAAGUAACUUCUUUUAAUACAUGAGCUCGUACGGUUUACUGAUCGAAUGCGAAAAAAUAAUGUGGUGUAACAUGUUAUUUCAGGGAAAUUUGAUCUUGGUAUUCAGAUCGAUGCGUUGUUCUUUGUUGGCAGUCAAGUCGUGGCGAUCAGUUACACGGGGAAAGUUGGUAUUUGGAAUUCACGAAUGCCCAGGCAUUGGCAGGUGAUCAUAUUUCAAACAUUUUAAGAGGAGAAUGUUUUGUAUGUUACGUAACACAAAACUAAUGAUUAACAUUUUUGAUAUGUUUCUCAAGGGGGGGGGAGGGGGGCAAAACUUAAAAAGUUUGAUUAGUGCUUUAUCUGUAAAAUUAUGUUAAAAUGAAGAGAUUUUAUAUGGUACGCCAAAGAGAAAAUGAUGUCUGAAGUUCAGCAAGUUUUGCUAAUAUUGCUGUAUAAAUAUGGCGUCAAUUUUACAGCAUCAAUGAUAAUUGUAUUCAAAUUGGCAAAUUUAACAAUUAUUUUGUGUUCCUGAACCGCCAGAUACAUUUAAAAAGGUUGCUAACUGUGUAAACUACAAAAUAAAGUUAAAACAAAGUAAUUUUGAGAGGAACGCCAUAAAGAUUUUAGGUCUUGACUCUUGAACAUUUUUCAUCGCAAAUACUCAUCAACUGGGAAAAUUAAACAAUUCAAAAUGGCCCACUAUCGAAAUUUUCCCGGGCGAUGACUACUAAGACCAGCAUUCCUCGCGGGCAUCGAGCCUUGUGACGUCAUUAUGCGUAAAGUUUAUUGUUAAGUUCAAAAACUUUCAUUUGUGAAGGUACAAGAAGUGAUUCCUAUAUCAAGUUACGACACUGGAGGCACCCUGCUUCUCCUGGGAUGUCACAAUGGCUCCAUUUAUUAUAUUGGUACGUUCACAAUACGAGAUUGAUAUUUAAAGUUUGUGUAAAAAUAUUAUAUUAUAGUUAUAUAGUGUUAUAUUAUAUAUAUAUGGAUUUUGAACAUCCAGACUCGAACCGACUUGACCACGUAGCUCAGUUGGCAGAGCAUUGGACUAGUUUCCCAAAGGUCGUGGGUUCGAUUCCCACCGUGGUCAGGCAAACUUUUCAGCUUGCCCGGUGUGGAUGCACUCAAAGUAACACCACAAACAUCAUAAUUGUGGAGGGGUUUUGAGUGUGAAUAUUUUAUACAUUUAUAAGACCCAACCAUACAACCUGUAGACAACUGGCUUCUGUAGCUCAACUGGUUAGAGCGCUGCACCGGAAUCGCAGGUUCGUUUCGACGGUCUAUAUAAAAGGUCUAAUAAAUAUAUUUCCAUCUAGAAAACCCUUCCACAAUUUGUUGUAUUCUAGAGUAUUAUAUUAUGUAUUAUAAUAUAGCAUUUGUAAAUUCUGAAUGCUGAUUGGCUAAGAGCCGUGUUGAUAUAACUCAAUGUCAACACGGAAACGUUGGAAAAUUUCUUUCUUUAUAUUUCUUUGUGCUAUAUUACAAAACAAAUAUAAACAUUUUUUCCGUAUUGACAUAUAGUUAUAUCAACAUGCACUCGUGGUAAUAAUUUGGGAAAACUCGAAAUUGUGUGAAAACACUCCGCCCUACGGGCGUCAUGUUUCCACACAAUUUCUCGUUUUCCUAAUUUCCACUCGUGUUGAUAUAACUGCAUAUCAACACGGAAAAUGUUUUAUAUUUGUUAAGUGUUAUAUUAUAUUAUAUUAUAUUAUAUAGUGUUAUAUUUGUUUUCGUAGAUAUGGAGAAAUUUCCGCUGAGAAUGAAAGACAAUGACUUGCUGGUGACGGAACUGUACAGAGAUCCCGCUGGAGACAAAGUGACUGCACUCAGUGUCUAUCUUACUCCAAAAUCAUGUACGUCACUGAGGGUUUCUUCUAGAGGGUUUCCCAAAUACAAAACUCGAUUAUUCAACGAUGAACAGACAAGAAGAAGUUCAACGUUUCGGGCGAAGGCCCUUCGGCUGUAAAGCCUGUUUUCCUCUUCAACCGUAUCGUAACGUACCGUAGCAUUUUCUUUUGUGUCGAAGUCAUUAGUUCCACACUAUCGCUCAGGAAACAGAGAAAUACGCUACGCUUCGGUACGGUUGAAGUGGAAAACUGGCUUUAGUAGUCGCUAAUAACUUCACGACGAAGUGCCUUCGCUCGAAACGUCGAAGUUCUCCUUGUCUUUUUCUGGUAGUUGUAUCCCUAUCAAUCUGAACCUUUCUUAUUAUUGCCACUGCAUACACUGGUACAGAUCUUUCAGGAUGAAAAUAUAUUGUUGUUAUUUUACUGACUAUAUAUAGGUAUCAGUGGAGGUAACUGGAUUGAGAUCGCGUAUGGUACAGAAUCAGGUGUCGUACGCGUCAUAGUUCAACAUCCAGAGACUGUGUAUGCCGCUGGCCAUGGUCCGCAGUUGUUUCAAACAUUCACUGUUCAUCGUUCUCCUGUCAUUAAAGUGAUGUUGAGUGAAAAGCAUCUCAUAUCAGGUAAGCAUUUCAGUCUCACUUCACCUCACAUGUGAGAAGACUGCUUUCACUUUUGACUCUACCAAAUAUCACAGCUUUUCUCCGCUUUCUGAAGUCGUCAGAGAAAACUCCUUUCACUCUCGUGUCGUAACACUUCAUCCAGGGAUGGAUCCUGCAUGCUCUGGUAGGGAGCUGCGGCGGGGGUGCUCUGCCAGCUCUGGUGCCGAGUUGUGUCGGUCAUGUGUGCCGCCCGCCCAUCGACUUGCUUCACUACUGCAAAGUCUUGCUUGACUACUGUAUUUGAAUUGUAAUUGUUGUUCACAGUUCGCUUAACAUCAUGUUAUUACUCAAAUUACUGUAUCUCAUUUUAAUCAUGAAAAAUAUCACUCCCCCCCCCCCCCUGCACCCCCCAGUAAAUCCAUCCCUGACUGCAUCUAUGAAGGACCACACUCACUGGAGCUCUAGGGAGUUUAGUUUAGUUUGGUAUGGUAAUAAUGCUGUGUUUAUUUCAGUUUGUUCAGACUACAAUCAUGUUCGUACGUGGAACGUGACGAGAUUUCGUGGAAUGUUAUCAACACAACCUGGUUCAACCCCUCUCGCGUCCUUCAAAGUUGUUUCUUUAGAACGUUCUGAACCACAUCCAAGUUCUGCCUCUGGGAAUAUGUUAGGUAAGUAGGAAUUAUUGUUUGUGGAAACACCAUGUAAAUUUGUUAUUGCAACUAAUUGUGCAGUAUUAAAUUUACAUGAUGUUUCCACAAACAUAAGUAUUAUAUGUUUUAUCACCAUGCAAUCCUGUUUGGUUGCUGUAAAUAGAGGAAGGAAACCUUUGCCAUGGUAGACUGUGCAUUUACUUUUGACAGAUCAUUUAGUAGAGAACAUUUUCUCCAAUCCCUUUUGACCCAAAUGGUGCUUAUCAAAUCUCGCUUAAGAAAUCCUGCUUGAAAUCUUCCCUUCGUGAUUCUGUGAGGACAGUUUUGUACACACGUAAAAAUCUCACAUCUUGUAGCAAGUCUGCCAACAAGCAAUCAACAAGUUGUGUUCGCAUUGCUUGUCCCAAGUUGUCAACAAGUUUGGAACAAGCUGUUAACAACUUGUAACAACCUUGUUGAUAAUAUCAGACUUGUUGCAAGGUUGUUCCAACAAGUCCGCUACAUAUAACGAUAUCGUUACAACCUUGUGUCAUCAACCCUGUAAAAUUCUUGUUAUAUCAUGGCUGUAUCAGACUUGUUAGAACAGUCUUGUAACAAGUCUGAUAAUGCCAUCAAACUUGUUACAAGUUGUUACCAGCUUGUUCCAAACUUGUUACAACAAUUGGGAACAAGCAGUGCGAACACAACUUGUCGACAGCUUGUGAACAGAUUUGUAACAACUUGUUUGCAGACCUGACGCAAUAUGACGUUUUUUUCUUUGUAGGUCCAUUUGGUGAACGCGACGACCAACAAAUAUUUGUUCAAAAAGUUGUUCCAGAUUCGGAUCAUUUAUUCAUCAGACUCGUAUCGACUGGAAAACGCAUCUGUACAAUCCGUUCAGUGGAUGGUAGUAUGAUCAUAUCUUAUUGUGUUAAUGAAUGUGAUGGCUCAAGUGGUAUGGGCUCCAGACCACGCAGAUAUCUUUUCACUGGACAUUCGAAUGGUUGUGUCCAGGUUAGUUCACAGAGGAAGUAUAUCUUUACUCUUUGCUAUUGUCGCAGAGGAAGUAUAUCUUUACUCUUUGCUAUUGUCGCAGAGGAAGUAUAUCUUUACUCUUUGCUAUUGUCGCAGAGGAAGUAUAUCUUUACUCUUUGCUAUUGUCGCAGAGGAAGUAUAUCUUUACUCUUUGCUAUUGUCGCAGAGGAAGUAUAUCUUUACUCUUUGCUAUUGUCGCAGAGGAAGUAUAUCUUUACUCUUUGCUAUUGUCGCAGAUGAAGUAUAUCUUUACUCUUUGCUAUUGUCGCAGAGGAAGUAUAUCUUUACUCUUUGCUAUUGUCGCAGAGGAAGUAUAUCUUUACUCUUUGCUAUUGUCGCAGAGGAAGUAUAUCUUUACUCUUUGCUAUUGUCAGUCAUAUUUCACGUCCUCAGCACAAAUGAUCAUUUAUGGUGUGCUCAAGUCAAGUCAAAACAUCUGGUGAAAAAAAACAUUGACCACAAAUUAAAGAUCUUGUAAAAUUCUUUCUUUGUUUAGAUGUGGGACUUAUCUUCCGCGUUGCAACAAGCCAACAAACAGACAGGUAACUACUUUACUACUUCUCAGAAUUAAGCCUGGUUUACAUUGUCAAAGUUUCUGUGAUCACAGUAGGAAUUUUGCAAAGGUAAAUUCUAAGUUUUGAAGGAUUUGUAAGAAAUGUUUGAGGGAACUUACUCAGUGUGAAACAUUAAGUCAGUUUCCUCAAACAUUUCUUACAAAUUCUUCAAAACUUAGAAUUUACCCAUGCAAAAUUCCUACUGUGAUGACAGAAACAACAGCUGGUAAACCAGGCCAAGUGUGAUAUUUCUGAUCGCCAUUCUGUUGCCCUGCCUUACUGAAAUCUACCAAUAAACGUCUUAUCACUUUUCAGACAACAUGGCCGGGCCAACUCAAGACGAGUUACUUCAAGUAUUAGAUAAUUGUGAUCUCAGUAACUCCCGCUGUACAACACCAAGUGUAUCGCCGGCGGCAUCGCUGUACAAUACCGCUGGCAGCAGCCGGGUGCGUUGUGCAGGCGCGGCGCUCUAUGACAGUCAUCUUGCGAGCAGCAUAGAAGAACAACAUGAGUUAGAUGUAGUCAAUGAGAUACACGAUGAUGGCGAGAAUGCAGACAUGCCUGUCAACAGACCUACAUAUUUCGUAUCACAAUGCUAGAGCAACAUAGGGACGUCUAACAUUAACAUUCUCAUGGAAUGCAUGGUAGGACGCGAAAUCGAGGGUCAACUCGUGCCCUACCAUGCCAAUAACGUUCUUUGGGGGGGGGGGGCCUGACAUUUUGACCAAGUUUUGGCGAACCUUUUGAUCAACUUUUCGAAGGUCAUCAAAUUCGUGAUAGUAAACUUGAAUACUUGUGAGGUGGGUUUUUUUAAAGGUGAAAAGUUCGCGCAAGUCAACUAAUAUUUCUUUUUCUUUGCGCUUUCGGUACCACAAUAGUUAGUUGACAAUUUAAACGAAUUUGAAAAACCAACAAGUGACCAACUAUUUUGACCAAGUAUUUUCUAUUUUGACCAACCUUUUGAACUUAAUAUAUACCUCACUGGAAUAAAACCCUCUUAAUUAAAUCGAUAUAAGCAAUAAAAACACCAGGAGGCAUUGAGAAUUUUUGGCAAUAAAAAAUGUUCUUCUUUGCGGGGGCCUUUAAGGUUUUAGUUUAUUACGUAUUUUAAUUUUACAAGCUUUGUCACAACAAGAAUACAUGAG